UAAACUCAAAAUGAAUAUAUUUUUAUCUUAACUUGAUUUAGUCUAUAAUUGUAAUUACAUACUAAUUACUAGAAUGUACAAAGGCAAACUACAAAAGCUCACUCAAGAAAUAAUAAAUAACCUGAAGAGCCCUCUAUAUUAAAAAAUUAAUUUGUAGUUUUAAACCUUACAACACAGAAAGCUCCAGGACCAGAUGGCUUCACAGGUGAAGUCUACCAAUCAUUUAGGGAAGAAAUAAUACGAAUUCUACACAAACUCUUCUGGAAAUCUGAAGGGGAUGGAAUACUUCCUAGCACAUUCCCUGAGGGCAGCAUCACCCUGACACCAAAAGCAUGCAGAGACAGUACAAGAAAGGAAAUCUACAAGUACCUCUCAUGUACAUAGACAUGAUGCAGUUAUUAUCUCAGGAACUGAAAUGUCCAAACAAAUCCAGAAAGAAAUACGGCAAGGUGUGGACUCUUGGAUUUCCUUUGGGAACAGAAGGCCUCACCUCAGCGUCGUUCUAGUGGGUGAUGACCCCGCCAGCCACACCUACGUCAGGAGGAAGGUCAAAGCGGCCGCUGCUGUAGGUAUCUGUAGUGAGAUCAUUCUAAAACCUAAGGACGUUUCUCAGGAAGAACUUUUGGACAUAACUGAUCAGUUGAACAUGGACCCAAGAGUCAGUGGUAUAUUAGUUCAGUUGCCACUGCCAGACCAUGUGGAUGAGCGGACAGUAUGCAAUGGAAUUGCCCCUGAAAAAGAUGUAGAUGGAUUUCAUAUUAUCAACAUCGGAAGACUGUGCCUUGAUCAGCAUUCUCUCAUACCUGCCACUGCUAGUGCUGUUUGGGAAAUAAUCAAAAGAACAGGGAUUGAAACAUUUGGGAAAAACGUGGUUGUGGUUGGAAGAUCCAAGAAUGUGGGGAUGCCCAUUGCCAUGCUCCUCCACACCGACGGAGAACACGAACGGCCGGGAGGUGAUGCAACUGUGACAAUAGCUCACAGAUACACCCCGAAAGAACAACUGAAGAUCCAUACUCAGCUGGCAGAUGUUAUCAUAGUAGCUGCAGGUAUUCCGAAGUUGAUUACAUCUGAUAUGGUUAAAGAAGGCGCUGCUGUCAUUGAUGUGGGUAUCAACUACGUCCAUGAUCCAGUGACAGGAAAGACAAAAUUAGUUGGAGAUGUGGACUUUGAAGCUGUUCAGAAGAAGGCUAGCUUUAUCACACCAGUUCCCGGAGGCGUGGGACCCAUGACGGUGGCGAUGCUUCUCAAGAACACUCUUCUGGCAGCAAAAAAAAUAAUUUACUAGGUCACAUGACAGCACAAAGCAAACUGAAGCCAUGCUGUUUAUUUACUUGACAAAAGGAAAAAACCUUUAUAUUUUACUACAAAGCUAUUUCUACACUGUAUUUAUUUUUUUCAUGGAUGGAAUCAUUGUGGGUCAGAUGAUUCAUACAACUUAAUGCAUUUCCUCCUAAUAUUCACUGAAUAUUUGGAGUGGGUUUUAAUUUUAGGAAAAAAACAAAGCAAUGACAAUGAAAACUUUAGUAACAGUUGUUUACUUUGUGAAUAACAUUCGUUCAUAAUAUUAAAAUAAUAAAGGGCUCACGAUAAGUGCAUAUAUUUUUGGCACAAAUAUCUCACAUAGUAUGUUUUUAACAAACGUUUUGUCAGCUAAAUAGGCACCCUUGUAAAAUGUGAUUUAGGUUUUGCUGUAAUCGUGCUCAGUUUUUAUAUAUGUUAUGUUCUAUAUUGUAUGCUGAAAAAGAGCUUACUUGCUAAAAGAAAGAUAAAAUAUUAAAAAUAAAAUUUUGAUCUCACAUUUCUCCCGAAUGCAUCAGUUGAGGCAUCUUAACGAGAAAUGAUGCUCCCUUCAAGGAAAGAAAAUAUUCAGGGAAGGCAAAAAAUGCAGUGUUACUUGGGAAAGUAUUAGGCAUGUCAAAUUGUGAAUGACUACUUGCCAUUGUAGAAAUGUAAUAAGAAUAUGUUAGGUUUACAUGUAGUUUCCUUGUUCUUCUAGAAAAAUAUAUGGACAACACCUUCCUUGAGGAAUAAUGGAAAAUCCAAACAUAAGCCAAUAUACAAAACAAAAUGAAGGUUGUAUUUUCCAACAAAUAUCAGAAAAAUAUGCUGUAGUAUGAGCAUGAACUUCAUUCAAGAAUAGACGUUAUGUUUGUUCACAAAUCUAGAAAUUUCAUAGGAAAACAUGCACUUCCAGUAUGCCAAAACUAAACCUUAGGAUGUGACUGAAAAUCUACUGCUUUGUUGCCCACAGUUCUUCCCUCUUCUCUUAUGGCAUUUGGUUUUCAAAGUAGAUGCCAUGUUUCUAACACGAUUUAGAUUAGAAAAUACAUAUGACUGUCAGUUGAAGGCUAUUUUGAGACUACCCUGGGCACAUAAUUGUAUUGUUUUCAUGCCCAAAUCCUAGUGUGUUUAUGUGCCAAUAAUGAUUCGUACCCAAUGCAUGUCCUUAUUAGUGUGUAUUCUUGAUCAUUCUUGUGAAAAUAGACUAGAUGUUUAUAAUUAAUAUUUCAACUGUAUAAUAAAGGUAAUUUGGAAAGGAAUACCUGUCUUCUUUUUCCUUAAGCUAUCUAUCUAUAAGUUUCUUUUUUCAUGUGGUUGUUAUCUAUUUCUUCACAGCAUGCUGGGGAAAUGCACAUUUCUCAAACAUGAAAGAAAAGGUUCUAUAGCCCAUUCCACACAAAUCUUUGCCUAGUAACCCUGAUAGAAGUUUAAAUCCAAAGCUCUCAAGCAAACAUUUCAGAAAGGCCCUCUUUAAUUUUUAAGUGCCCCAAAUUCCCAAAACAAACAUACCAACCCAAAAUAAAUGUACAAGGAAAAGGCGAAGUCUGUGAUUUUGAGCUUCCCCUCCCCCCACCCCAAAAUGCAAGAGGAGUUGU